UGCCGGGGUUUGUAGUUCUUCUUGAUCGUGUCAGUUUGUAAGGCGAGGGCGGAAGUUGGAUUCCUGGCCUGAGAAUAUUAGGCGUAGUUUUCCAGUUUUUGGCAAAGCGGAAAUACUUAAGGCCCCUGGGUUGAGUGGGUUCUUUGUUUUAUCUACCGGCUUCUGCUUUACGACAGGUCACAAACAUGUCAGACAAAAGUGAAUUAAAGGCUGAGUUGGAACGUAAGAAGCAGCGACUGGCCCAAAUCAGAGAGGAAAAGAAGAGAAAAGAAGAAGAAAGGAAAAAAAAAGAAACAGAUCAGAAGAAGGAAGCUGUUGCUCCUGUGCAAGAAGAAUCAGAUCUUGAAAAAAAAAGAAGAGAAGCUGAAGCAUUGCUUCAAAGCAUGGGGCUAACUCCAGAAUCCCCCAUUGCUGAGCAACCUCUCCGUGUAGUAACAGCGGAUACCUGUCUAUUUCACUAUUUAGUCCCUCCUCCUAUGUCUCCAUCCUCCAAAUCUGUGAGCACUCCAAGUGAAGCUGGAAGCCAAGACUCUGGAGAUGGCGCCGUGGGAUCUAGGACGCUGCAUUGGGAUACAGAUCCAUCAGUUCUUCAGCUUCACUCAGAUUCCGAUUUGGGACGAGGACCUAUUAAACUUGGAAUGGCUAAAAUCACGCAAGUCGACUUUCCUCCUCGAGAAAUUGUCACGUAUACAAAGGAAACUCAGACUCCAGUUAUGGCUCAACCCAAAGAAGCACUUUGGGAGGCCGAGGUGGAGCAGAUCACCAGAGAUGAAGAGGAAGAUGAUGAUGUAGUGGCUCCUAAACCACCUAUUGAACCUGAAGAAGAGAAAACUUUAAAGAAAGAUGAGGAAAAUGAUAGUAAAGCUCCCCCUCAUGAGCUGACUGAAGAAGAAAAGCAACAAAUCUUGCACUCUGAGGAAUUUUUAAGUUUCUUUGACCAUUCUACAAGAAUUGUAGAAAGAGCUCUUUCUGAGCAGAUUAACAUCUUCUUUGACUAUAGUGGGAGAGAUUUGGAAGACAAAGAAGGAGAGAUUCAAGCAGGUGCUAAACUGUCAUUAAAUCGACAAUUUUUUGACGAACGUUGGUCAAAGCAUCGGGUUGUUAGUUGUUUGGAUUGGUCAUCUCAGUAUCCGGAGUUACUCGUGGCUUCCUAUAACAACAAUGAAGAUGCCCCUCAUGAGCCUGAUGGUGUGGCCCUUGUAUGGAAUAUGAAAUACAAAAAAACUACCCCAGAGUAUGUGUUUCACUGCCAGUCAGCUGUGAUGUCUGCCACAUUUGCAAAAUUUCAUCCAAAUCUUGUUGUUGGUGGUACAUAUUCAGGCCAAAUUGUGCUUUGGGAUAACCGUAGCAAUAAAAGAACUCCAGUGCAAAGAACUCCACUGUCAGCAGCUGCACACACACACCCUGUAUAUUGUGUAAAUGUUGUUGGAACACAAAAUGCUCACAAUCUGAUUAGCAUCUCUACUGAUGGAAAAAUUUGUUCAUGGAGUCUGGACAUGCUUUCCCAUCCACAGGAUAGCAUGGAGUUGGUUCAUAAACAGUCAAAAGCAGUAGCUGUGACAUCUAUGUCCUUCCCUGUUGGAGAUGUCAACAACUUUGUUGUUGGGAGUGAAGAAGGUUCCGUGUACACAGCAUGCCGCCAUGGCAGCAAAGCUGGAAUCAGUGAGAUGUUUGAGGGGCAUCAAGGACCAAUCACUGGCAUCCAUUGUCAUGCAGCUGUUGGAGCAGUAGACUUCUCACAUCUUUUUGUCACUUCAUCGUUUGACUGGACAGUAAAGCUCUGGACAACUAAGAAUAACAAGCCUUUGUAUUCAUUUGAAGAUAAUGCAGACUAUGUUUAUGAUGUUAUGUGGUCACCUACCCACCCAGCCCUGUUUGCCUGUGUGGAUGGCAUGGGGAGAUUGGAUUUGUGGAAUCUCAAUAAUGACACAGAGGUACCAACUGCCAGCAUUUCUGUGGAGGGUAAUCCUGCUCUUAAUCGUGUGAGAUGGACCCAUUCUGGCAGAGAAAUUGCUGUGGGUGAUUCUGAAGGACAGAUUGUUAUAUACGAUGUGGGAGAGCAGAUUGCUGUUCCCCGCAAUGAUGAAUGGGCACGGUUUGGCCGAACACUUGCAGAAAUUAAUGCAAACCGAGCUGAUGCAGAGGAGGAAGCAGCUACCCGAAUACCUGCUUAGUUCCUGAAAAGGGGAGUGUAACUAGUGGAUUUGGGAAAGGUUCUUAAGUAGAUCCUGAGACUAUUUGCAUGCUUCUAUCUAAAUGAUAAUUAAAAGGAAAUUUCAUGGAUUAAACCAUGGGUUUAAUGCAGCAAGGAAACUUACAAUGUCCCUUUAUAUAUAACAUGCAUCUUGUUUUGGAUUUGUGUCAUUUUUUAAUAUAGCUGAUUGACUUCACAGAAAGCAGCUUUUUUGAAUUCUAAUACAUAGUUGUAUAUUUGGUAUUAGUUAUUUUGAGUUCUUUUCAACUUAUAACACUGUAUACAGUUAUUUCUAAAGCACAGAUGAAAUAAGUUCUGCAUAUUUUUAAAUAAUCACAGUUCCCUGUUAUACAGAUAAUGUUCUCACUACCCAUAAUAUGUGGGAACAUUGUUUCUCCUUAGCCGUAGUAUGCAUACACCUAUCCAUGUUCAUUCUGACAUCCUUUGUUGUCUUUAUAAUUCAUGUGGUAGUUAUCUAUAAAUAAAAACAAAUAUGCGUUAA